CCGGGCUAGCCGGGGAGCUGUGCGCGGCCAACGAUGGCGGCGCCCGUAUGUAGCCGGGCCUUUGGGCUGCGGGUCCUGGCCGGGAACCCGGAGCUCCUGGGCGCCUGGCGAGCGCUGCACACUUCCUCCGCCUGCGCGAAGAACCGGGCGGCCAGAGUCCGUGUGGGCAAAGGGGACAAGCCAGUGACCUACGAGGAGGCACACGCCCCGCACUACAUCGCCCACCGCAAGGGCUGGCUGUCGCAGCACACAGGUAACCUGGAUGGGGAAGAGCACACUGCGGAGCGAACAGUGGAGGAUGUCUUCCUUCGAAAGUUCAUGCUGGGAACUUUCCCAGGCUGUCUGGCUGACCAGAUUGUCAUAAAGCGCCGGGCUAACCAGGUGGAAAUCUGUGCCCUGGUACUGAGACAACUGCCUGGCCAUAAGUUUUACUUCCUUGUGGGCUACAGUGAAACUCUGCUUUCCCAUUUUUACAAAUGUCCUGUGCGUCUGUACCUCCAAACUGUGCCUUCAAAGGUGGUGUAUAAAUAUAUCUAGGAUGAUCUUCUCUUUCAAGCCGUGGUCUUCAAAGUGCUAACGUGUGGGAAGGACUAAAGUAGAAGAUGCUUCCUAUCACACUAUGGAGGCAUUGCUUCUAGAGUUGCUAUUGAAUAAAUAUCUAUGUUGUCUUGCU